GCCAGAAGAUACAAUUUAGUCCCCGAGACGGCUGGGGACUGGGCACCAGCAUCAGAGAGACACAUUCCGUGCGGACGGCGCUCCCAUCGGAUGACUGGAGGAAUGCAACACCAGACGCAGGCAGUACUUCAGGGUGAUCAUAAGUCUCCCAGACAUCUACAACAACCCGUUCUCCCCGCUAAGGCGACCGCGCUGCCAUGUUGAUUCUUGUUAGCCACGCGAAGUUUGCGUUUGCACAGAUUUUCGUACGUCAUAUUAUAGCGCGCCGGGCGCGGAGACUUCUGGGAGAUGAAGUCUUUGCGAAGGCAACGCAUUGAUUGGGAGGGCGGGCUCGAGGACCCUUUGCGCAGGCGCAUUGCUUUCCCGACCUGAAGAGACGCCGUCUUCCCAGGUCCCGAGCACUCUGUGCCGGAGGACUCUGCCCUUGCCUACAAAGAGAGCACACAGGAGAGAAUGGCUGCUGUGUCUCUGACCACCAGAUGCCAGGAAUCAGUGACAUUCGAAGACGUGGCCGUGGUUUUCACAGAUGAAGAGUGGAGUCAUCUGGUCCCCAUUCAGAGGGACCUCUACAAGGAGGUGAUGCUGGAGAACUAUAAGAGCGUUGUGUCACUGGGCCUUCCAGUUCCUCAACCUGAUACGAUUUUCCAAUUGAAGAGAGGGGACGAGGCAUGGAUGGUAGAUCUUCAUGGGUCUGAGGAGACAGAAUGGCCAAAGAGUCUCUCUCUAGACUGGGAAACUAAGCCUGAGAUUUAUGAUGCUUCAGAAGAAAAAGCAGAAGGAUUGUUGAGGGAAAGUCUUGGAAGGCAAAGUCCUCUGUGUCCUAAAUUUGAAGUUCAUGCACCCGAUGGCAGGAUGGGAACAGAAAAGAAAAGCCCUACAGGGGAGACUCAUAAGAAAUCCCUCUCCCAGGAGAAAGGCUCACGGCGAGUGUCUGCCCUCCCCAAGGAAAUUCCCACUAAAGAGAGACAGCAGGAAUGCAGUGACUGUGGAAAGACUUUUUUUGACCACUCAUCCCUCACCCGCCAUCAGAGGACUCACACUGGGGAGAAGCCCUACGACUGCCACGAGUGUGGGAAAGCCUUCAGCCACAGAAGCAGCCUCAGCAGACAUCUGAUGUCGCACACUGGGGAGAGCCCCUACGAGUGCAGCGUAUGCGCAAAAGCCUUCUUUGACCGCUCGUCCCUAACUGUGCAUCAGCGAAUUCACACUGGAGAGAAGCCCUUUCAGUGCAACGAGUGUGGAAAAGCCUUUUUUGACCGUUCAUCCCUUACUCGACACCAGAGAAUUCACACUGGAGAAAGUCCUUAUGAAUGUCAUCAGUGUGGGAAAGCCUUUAGCCAGAAAAGCAUUCUUACUCGCCAUCAGCUAAUCCACACUGGCAGGAAGCCUUACGAGUGUAAUGAGUGUGGGAAAGCUUUCUAUGGUGUCUCGUCACUGAAUAGACAUCAGAAAGCUCACACUGGGGACCCUCGCUAUCAGUGUAACGAGUGUGGUAAAGCUUUCUUUGACCGCUCGUCCCUUACACAGCAUCAGAAGAUCCACACUGGAGACAAGCCAUAUGAGUGCAGUGAGUGCGGGAAAGCCUUCAGCCAGCGCUGCCGGCUCACACGGCAUCAGCGUGUCCACACGGGAGAGAAGCCCUUUGAAUGCAGCGUGUGUGGCAAAGUUUUCAGUUCAAAAUCAUCAGUUAUUCAACAUCAACGGCGUUAUGCCAAACAGGGAAUAGACUGAGUUGGGCGAAAGCCUGGACUAGGCAAGAACUUCUGCACAAAUUUGAGAUAGGUUUCCUCUGUCUUAAAGCCGCUAUUUGCUCAUUCUACCCACUCUGGCUGCCUUUGUCCAGUCCUGCUUCUGCGCCAGAGUAUUUAAUAAGCACUCCCUUCCUGCCGUGUUGUAGAACUGUAAGGGAGGCCAUGGAAAUGACUCUCCAGAUUCAAAAUUUUGAAGAGGCUUGUCUGACAAUAGGAUAGAUGUUAGGAGGAGGCAUACCUCUUGUGGGAACCUAGGCCCUAGGUAUCACUGCACUUUAAGUAUCUGGAGGGAAAGGCACAACAGCAUCAUAGCAGCACGUUUUUUUCAGAACAGUUGUUUUGAUGGCUUAGUCCCUCUCUCUUGGAGCUUUUUGGGGCACUAACCUUGUUCUCUUGUGUCCCAGUUUUUAGAUCUCUUUCUUCCACUGCUAGUAGCUAGCACUUACUGAGUGCUUACAGUGGGGUAAAGACUCAGCUAAGGGUUUUACAGUAAGUAGAUUAAUUGAUCCUGUCACCAACCCUAUGAAGUAGGUACUGUUACCAUCUUCAUCUACAGAUGAGCACUCUUGAGGUUUAGGGAAAUUAAAUCACUUGCCCAAGGUGACCCUGCUGGUAGGAGAUGAUGCCAGGUCUUGAAAACAGGUCCACCUUCAAAGUCUAUUCUCUUUACCAUUAUGCUUGAUUCCUUGUUUUAUAAUUUAUGUGUAUUGUCUUCUCAACUAGAUUGUAAGCACUUGGAGGUUGACUUACAGGUCUUUGUAUCUCACACAGUGCCUUGCUAAUAGGUGCUCAAUAAAUAUUUAUCUGAGUGAAUGACUUUUCUGCUUACCAAAUUCUCUCCAUUCAAAAUACCUCUUAGAUUCAUAUACUUUCUCUGAAUUCAUAGCCCAGCUUGUACUUUUAUCAUCCCUAGCUCCCACUCCUGGCAGCAGUAGCUUCCUAAUUCCAGUUCCUCCUGCUUUAUUACUGAAGAAGGAUGUGCUAUGAUACAGUAACAAGCCCACAGAGAGCUGUGUCUCCCUUAAAACUUGACGGGAACUAAUCUGUCUCAUUUUACCCUCAUUAUUUGGAACAUCUGGCUUCCAAAGUUACCACAAGGGAGGAACAGAAAGCUAGAGGAAUUUGUAGGACUAUUUUUUUAGACCCAGGCUUAACAUCACUUUUGUCCACAUCUAAUAAGCCAGAGCCCAGCACCUGGAAGCUAGGAAAGUAAACAAGCACCUGGAUAGUUGGUUAAUACCAAGAGCCUCUGUCGUGGUUACAUUUUGCAUAUUACUACUUAAGCCAGUCUUUGCAAAUGACCCCUUUCUGCCCAUCAUUGCCUUUCUCAAGACCUAAACUAGCUCCCUGUUUGGUGAAAAAUUACCUGAAUAUUUAAGGUCUGCCUUAACAUGAUCCCCAUUGCUGAACUUUACUUCCUGACUCCCAAAACUCUUCCCUAGGCCCAGUCCUAUAUUUUUAUGUUUAUUGAAGGGUAGGCACUAGAUGACCUUGACUCUAGGCAUUUGCAUUCUUUUGCUUUUUGCUUAGGGUGAAGCUCAGAAAAGGACUUGGUUCUGAAAGGCUGUCUGGAAUUAGAUUGUUCUCUGUGAAUCCCAGUGGAUUGAGAUGAAUUUCCUCUGGAAGUUCAAGUCAGAUUUCAGAAGCUGAAUGACCAAACAGACCCUUCCCAACCUACUAACAACCCUAUUACUCUGUUCACCCUAGAGCAGAUAAAUGGCAGGGAAGACUUGAUGUGUGGACUUUUGAAAGCAACUUGAGGAAAAACACGUAACAGAAUCUAUGGGUGUGGAUAAUAUGUGAUACUGCUAAAUGUCAAGUAGAAAAUAAAGGAGACU